AUUAGCCCACCUUUAAUUCUCUACCCACAUCCACGCGUCUCUUCUCUCCUCCAUCCCCGUUUUUACGUUUAGAUCUAAUCCUCUCUCAUCACUCCUCCAUCUUCGUUUGCUAGGUUUGAAUUGGAGUAGAUCUUAUCCUCCCUCUUCUCUCUUCACCUCUUCGUCUCCUCACCUCUUCAUCUUCUAUUAUUUCAGUGUUGUUCUCUCUAAAUUCCCUUCUCUGUCUUCGCAUGUCUUCUCCAUAGACUUGCAACCCAACAAUGCCUAUUUUUCAUCUUUUGUCUCAAGAUUUGUGAUCCAGAUCCAGAUUGCCUUCUGCCUUAGAAUCUAAACCUAAGGUGGCGGUGCUUGUUGAAUCACCAUCGUACACUUUUAAAAUAGACCGUAAUUAGAGGUUUAAAAACAAGUACAACUAUGUGGCUGUAGAUUUAGAAGAGGGGUUCUUGGGCGAAGAAGGCGAAGGGGAAUAAGUGAGCUUUGGGUAUGACACAGAAAAAUGGCAUGCACUGAUCAUUUUUUCAUGGUAAACCAUCCAAAAAUACCUUUCCAACCUUGAUCCAUGUUUUAUGACUUCUUUUGUUUAUUUCUUACUCAUAUGAGAGAGUAAUGUAUUUAUAUGUUUGUAUUAUGCACUGUGAUGGAUCAAAUUCAUGUUAACUUGACCUUCACCAAUGUCUGAUAGAGCUAGGAACAUAUUGCAUGCAUGAUGUGUGAUAGCCCUUGUGUGUUUCGUAGUGACUCAUGAUGAUAUGCGCCCAAUCCCUCUUCUCGGUCGUCAAAACUCUGGGAAAACCCAUUCAAAUGGAUGAGACCACAGCGAGGGGUGGAUACUUCAAUACUGUCAGGGUGCUGGUGGAGAUGGACGCGUCCAAGGCCAGGCAAUCCUCUAUUCUGGUACGUACUCCAGCCUGGGAGCGUGAAAUUAAAAUCAUUUAUGAUCUUCCUCCUUUCUGCUUGGCUUGUGGUCGAUGGGGUCACUGCUGCAAAACUGAUUCCCAGCCCGUCGGAAAAGUCCUCACCAGCGGGAGAACAGAGAGGAGGCAGCAAGCUGCUAAGGAAGUCAGGCCAAAUAACACACACCAAUGGGUCCGUGUUCAGGGAAAAGGUAAGGCACCAGCUCAUAACAAGAUGGGAAGCAACACUCACACUAAUGGGCAAACGAACAAGGACAAGAGUUGCUUAGACAUACCGGGCCUAUCUAAAUUGGGGUGCUCAGAACAAUACAUGCCCUAUUAUAAUAUUAAUAAUACUGCUGGAUCAAACCCAAGUUCAGCGUCCAAACCUGAAGCUACGCCAAAUAUUAGCCCAUUGGUGCAAAGCCCAUCAUCAAAGGGCCACUCCAGUCCACCUAAGCUGCCAACUUUCAAAGCCUCCUUUUGCAAACAGGUAGGGGCAAAUAAUGGUCAUUCCUCACCUCUGAACUACCUGGCACUCCUCUCCAAUGUUGAGGACACUAAUAUUCCAGCUGCACUUCAUAGCCCGUUGUGGAUCUCUUCUGUGUAUGGAAGGCACACCAGGGCUGAAAGAGCUAACUUAUGGAAUGCAAUUUCCUCUUGGAACGUAGGCAUGGACCCCUGGAUACUUGGUGGAGAUUUUAACUGCAUCCACAGUCUUGACCAACACAAAGGGAACUGCAAUCCUUGCUAUAAUUCAGUGGAGGAUUUUAGAGAAUGCAUGGAAGCUUCUAAUCUACUCUAUAUUCAUCCCUCAGGAGGGCAUUUCUCUUGGAGUGGGAAACGAAGCCAAGGAAAGUUAUGGCGCAGACUUGACCACAUCUUUGGCAAUCAACAUUUGAUGGAUAUGGCUAACCGUGUACACCUCUCUAUGCUUAGCAAGGGAGCAUCAGAUCACAGGCCUUUCCUCCUGGAACUUUCUAUGGACACUUACUCUGGUCCCAAACCAUUCCGUUUCCUGGAUUUGUGGGUUUCACACCACACUUUAGAAAGCACCAUCAAAUCUUUCUGGCAGAACAAUAAAACUUACAAUGGCAUGAAAGGCCUUGGGAGAAAACUCAAGAAUCUCAAGGCCAUUUUGACCAAGUGGAGCAGGGAUGACUUUGGUAAUAUCUUCCAUCAACUUAAGGAGGCAGAAUCUCGAGCUAGCAGGGCCCAAGACCAUUUCGAGGCGAACCCGAACCCUGAAUCCUUGGUUGAAUUCAAUAAGUCCAAUGUUGAACUUCUCUUGCUCUCCAAAAGAGAAACUGAUUUUUGGAGGCAGAAGUCUUGCAUCAGGUGGUUAAAAGAGGGGGAUGCUAGUACAAAAUUCUUCCAUAAUGUGGUCAAAAAUAGGCGCCAGAAGCUUAGGAUCUCUUCUCUUAAGGAUGACCAUGGUAGGACUAUUGAGGAGGCCAGCAACAUUGCGUUGCAUGCAAUAGAUUACUACACUAAUAUCUACUCAGAUGAACCAGUCAGUAUUGAUCCGCAGCUUCUUUCAUACAUUCCCAAUAUCAUUAAUGGAGAGGAUAACUUAAUGCUUUGUGCAGUUCCACAAGAGGAGGAAAUAAGGGGGGCCAUUUGGGACCUCAACUCUCAUAGUGCACCAGGCCCGGAUGGAUACUAUGGGACCUUCUUCAAAACCUACUGGCACAUCAUCCAUGAUGAAGUGACUAGAGCAACCCAAGAAUUUUUCUUGGGUUUGCCCAUCCCUAAAUCCUAUGGGGCGACUCUCCUCACUCUGAUUCCUAAGGUGGACAACCCUAAAUCUCUGGGAGACUACAGGCCGAUCUCAUUAUCCACAUUCCUCUCCAAAGUCAAUACUAAAAUCCUUGCAAAUAGAUUGGGUUCAAUCCUUCACAAACUCAUCAGUCCUGAGCAAAGUGGGUUUCAAGCAGGUAAAGGAGUGGAAGAAAACAUCCUCCUCACUCAGGAGAUGAUUCACUGCCUUGACAACACUUCUGGAAGCGCCAACAUUGCUAUCAAAGUGGACUUCGCCAAAGCUUUUGACAGAAUUUCAUGGCAAUUCUUAGAGGUUACUCUAAGCUCUUUUGGUUUCUCCUCCCAGUCAUGCUACCUUCUUCUAUCCACACUCAAGGCAACCCACUUCUCCAUCCUCAUUAAUGGAACUCCACAUGGGUUUUUCAAAAUGAAGAGAGGGGUUAAGCAAGGGGACCCUCUAUCCCCCCUCCUCUUUAUCCUUGGAAAUGAAGGCCUAAGUAGACUUAUUAAGGGGAAGGUUGAGGAGGGUUCCUUAAAAGCCAUUCAUACAGGGAGAAACCAUCCCCCCUCCCACCUUGCAUAUGCGGAUGACAUAAUUUUCUUCCUUAGUGGUCAUUUCAGAAACUUGCUCAGGUUCAAAGGGCUGCUGGACUGUUUCCUUAAAUCAUCUGGACAUCUUAUCAACCUCAACAAAAGCCAUUUCUACACAGGUCCGAGAGUGAAGCCAGAAAUCAAAGCUAAUAUGCAAAGAGCACUUCAUAUGAGAGAGGGCAAGUUACCUUUCACCUACUUAGGGGCAACCAUUGGAAAAGGGAAAGUUAAGAAGGAAGAUUACACGGUUACCUGGAAAAGGGUUGCAAGGAUACAUAGCUGGGCCUUACAACAUGUCCAGGAAGUGGAUGAAACCGACACCUGGGAGGGAGAGCCCUUCACCACCAAGUUGGCAUACCACGCCUGGAGGGAUUCUAAGCCUAUCUCUCUUGCCCAUAAGAUGAUUUGGAACAAGCUUCAGGUCCCAAAGAUCAGCCUCUUCAUGUGGAAAGCUUUCAAUAAUAUACUCCCAUUCCCGGAAAACUUAUCCAGGUUUAACCUUGCCCUUCCUUCCCAAUGCAGCUUCUGUCUCAACGGCCCGCAGUACCUCAACCAUACCCUCUUCCAGUGUCAAUUGUCCUUCAGAAUUUGGAGGUUCUUCUCAGCUCUUUUUGAUGGUCCCAUUCCUAGUAGGGAAGAUACCCUACACGAUACCUGCAUGAAAUGGUGGAUUAGCACGCCAAGAAACAAGCUGCAGGAUAAAAUCACCUCGGUCCUCCCCGGCUUCAUUGCAUGGGGACUAUGGAAGGCUCACAACGAAGUGAAAUACGCCGGGAAAGCCCUCAAAGAAGGGACUAUUAUCGCAACAGUCAUGAAGACGAUACAACAAUGGAUAUGGAUUCACAAAGGCAAGAAAUGGAUGCAUAUGGAUGAAACGCUGAAGUCCUUGGGUUUUCAUUUGCACUUUAAUAGAAAUAACUCGCAAUGCUUUUCUGUUUAGUAAUCUUAACUGGUGGGAUGAAUGCUUCUCCCACAUUGCUGUAAACAUCCUUUGAUUAUUUUCAAUAUAAAUUCCGUACUUAA